UGUCAGCCCCAGGGCGGGAAAAGGGGGUCGGCUGGCAACACGCUGAGGGCGGGGCGGGAACCGGCGGGCGGGGCAGGCGGAGGGAGCGUGUCAGCCCUGCCUGCUCGAUGUUGUUGUGGUCUCUUUAAGGCGGCGGAGGGGGAGGGAGACUCUCGCGAUAUCAGUCUUGGCGCCGUGACCUCCAUGUGAGAGCGGCAGCUGCUGGUAAACACUCCCCGGGGCUCGGACAUGGCUCCCGGCGGUGCCCGUUAGACCCUGGCUGCGGUGGUUCGCUCCUGCGUAUUGGGCUGCACCCGGGAGCUCGCGGCCCCGUUUACACGUCGCUGCGGGCGCCCUCGGACCGACGGGGGCGGGGGUCUGGUCUCCUCGCCCCUGAGAGCGAGGCCGACGGCCCGGGAGGCGCAGGCUGCUCCGCGGCUUUACAGUCCUGCCCCACUGAGCCAAAACAAAGACGCGGCAGAGGCGCCCCCGGAGAGCGGGCGGGAGCCACGGGCGGUCAGCAGCCGCGCACCAUGUGGAUCCAGGUCCGCACCAUAGACGGCACCGAGACCCAGACCAUCGACGACCUGAGCCGCCUCACCAAGAUAGAGUGUCUGCGGGAGAAAAUCCAGGAGAGCUUCCGAGUGAGCCCCGAGCGGCAGCGCCUCUUCUACCGGGGCAAGCAGCUGGAAGAUGGACAUACUUUAUUCGAUUACAAUGUUGGACUAAAUGACAUCGUUCAGCUUUUGAUACGAACUGAUUCUGAUACUCCUGCCACUUCCUUGACUAAUAAGGAUGGAGAAGUCAACCCAUGUGUUGUUGCCAACUGUAAGAACAAAGUCAAGAGAACAACAGGGAGUGGAUCGCCCAAUCAGCCAUCUACAUCUGCUCGGUCAUUUCUCAUUGAUCCUGGCAUUGGAUUGUAUAAGAUAAAUGAAUUGGUGGAUGCCCGUGAUGUCAGCAUUGGAGCCUGGUUUGAAGCUCACAUAGAAAAUGUAACCCGAGCAACAAAAGGACAUAAGAAUGGUAAAGCUCAAGCAAAAAGUGGCAAUACUUACAGAAGGACUAAUGGAAACUUAAGCAAAGAUCAUUCUAGAGAAAAUACAAAUAAUUUGGACAGUGCACCUUCAACAUCUUAUUCAGACUGUAUGGACACUGAUGAAGAUGCUAUUUAUCAUAUCAAGUAUGAUGAGUAUCCAGAGAAUGGUAUAAUAGAAAUGCGUGCCAAUAAUCUUCGACCACGAGCAAGAACCAUUUUGAAAUGGAGUGAACUCAAUGUGGGUGAUAUGGUGAUGGUUAACUACAAUGUAGAGACUCCAGAAGAGAGAGGAUUCUGGUUUGAUGCAGAAAUUACCUCUUUGAGGGAAAUCUCAAGGACUAACAAAGAAGUUCAUGCCAAAAUUCUUCUGGGAGGCCCAGAAGAUGUAAUAAAUGAUUGCAAAAUCCUUUUUAUGGAAGAAAUGUACAAGAUUGAAAAGCCAGGAGCUUAUCCACUGACAUUUGGGGAUGGAGAUUUCAAAAGAAAGAGUGGCCCUGAGUGCAAGCACUGUAGGGCAGACCCAGAUGCGGAAUGUCGCUUUUGCUCCUGCUAUUUGUGUGGUGGAAAACAGGAUGCUCAUAUGCAACUUCUGUGUGAUGAAUGUAAUAUGGCCUACCAUAUAUACUGCCUGAAUCCGCCUUUAAGCAAGAUACCAGAAGAUGAGGACUGGUACUGUCCUUCCUGCAAAAAUGAUUCUGAUGGUGUAAAGGCUGGGGAAAAGCUCAAGCAGAGUAAAAAGAAAGCAAAGAUGCCAUCUGCCAGUACUGAGAGUCAGCGAGACUGGGGCAAGGGUAUGGCUUGUGUUGGUCGUACUAAGGAAUGCACUAUUGUUCCUUCUAACCACUAUGGACCUAUACCUGGCGUUCCUGUUGGAACAACCUGGAAAUUCAGAGUUCAGGUGAGUGAAGCAGGCGUUCACAGACCGCAUGUUGGCGGAAUCCAUGGACGGAGUAAUGAUGGAGCUUAUUCACUUGUGCUGGCUGGAGGAUUUGAAGAUGAAGUGGAUCGAGGCGAUGAAUUCACUUACACUGGGAGUGGUGGUAGAGAUCUUUCUGGUAAUAAAAGGAUUGGAGAACAUUCAUUUGAUCAAACAUUAACACACAUGAACAGGGCACUGGCCCUAAACUGUGAUGCUCCAUUGGAUGAUAAAAAUGGAGCAGAGUCUAAGAAUUGGAGAGCUGGUAAACCAGUUCGAGUGGUGCGCAGUUCUAAAGGACGAAGGAUCAGCAAAUACGCCCCUGAGGAAGGCAAUAGAUAUGAUGGCAUUUAUAAGGUGGUGAAAUACUGGCCAGAAAUUGGAAAAUGUGGAUUCUUAGUUUGGCGUUAUCUUCUGAGAAGAGAUGAUGUUGAACCUGCGCCUUGGACCUCAGAAGGAAUAGAACGAUCAAAGAAAUUGGGUCUGAAUGUACAGUAUCCAGAAGGUUAUCUGGAAGCCAUGGCUAGUAAAGAGAAGAAAGAUAAGGUUAAAAAGCAAACUGUGAAACAGGAGCCAACCAGACACAGCAAUGGAAACCAGAAACGGUCAAUUGAUAAUGUAGGUAUAGAGGAGCCUAAAAACGCAUCCAAAACCAUGAGACUCGGAGAUGGAGGAAAAGGAGAGGCUUUCCAGCUAACCCAGCAACAGCAGUGGCUGAUAAGAGAAGACUGUCUGAACCAGAAACUGUGGGAUGAAGUUCUUGCUUCACUUAAGGAAGGACCAGUAUAAUUUCUGAAGAAACUGGAACAAUCCUUUAUGUGUGUCUGCUGCCAGGAGCUGGGUUACCACCCAGUGACAACAGAGUGCCUCCAUACUGUCCUGUAAAGUAACUGUUUACAGCGCUCCUUCCGAGCUGAAGUCUUCACCUGCCCUGCCUGCCGCUAUGACCUGGGGAAGGGCUACACCAUGGUUCCCAACAAGAUACUGCAGACACUACUUGACCAGUUCUUCCCUGGUUACAGCAAAGGACGAUGAUAUGUUCAGCUCCAGCCUGACUUCUCCCAGUGACUAUAGACAAUAAAGGAGAAUAAACAUGGGAAAUUCAACAGUGGACCAGCCAACUUGAUGGGACUCAACAUAUUGUCACAUUCUGAAGCAGCUCUCUUCCCCCUACAGCCAUCUCUUUUGUGUAGUGAGAACUCAAAUUCUCAGCUGUCUUUCACCAUCAAAGGUAGUCUUGGCCAGUUGACAACUAGUUUUUAAAACAGAAAAACAAAAGCCUCAGCUCUGACUGGUCAACUGUAGCUGAUGCUUAAAUUAUGUUGGUUUUUUGUAACUACCUCAGGACAGAGGAAGAUAAUUUGUGGGGAUUAAAGAAGUUCAGUGAAGUUUUAGCUACACACUGCCUCCUCAAUAUUAGUUGUGCCUGGUCCAGGCAGUUUGAUUUACAAAAAAACAAGAAAAACAACAACAACAAAAAGCAGCACUUAAAACAGUUUGAUUCAAGAACAAAAAAUUCUGUGGUGUGCAUAAUCCUUUUUUCUUUUUUUCCCAUUAUGCUGCAUUUUUUCUUUUUUCUUUUUUUUUUUUUCCUUUUUGCAAGAACAGGCUGAUUUUUAGUCUAUUUUUGUGAGCUUCAUUGUGCUUUUUCUUGUAUCUUAUGCAAGUUGACUACUAAUGACUAAUGAGAACAAUAUGAAUGCAUUGUUACUACAUUAGUGUAAAGUGAUCUGUGUUUUUUGCACUUAAGGAGGGUAUUCAAGACACUCUAGUUGUGUAAAAAAAAGAAUUCAUAUGAAACAAGCCACUUUUGUAUUAGUUAAAACUGUAUGCUUUUAGUAGGACUUGUAUCAGUGGCAAUACAUCUACUCAGCAUUGAAGGCAGUGCUAGCUAGGAGACGGUUCAAAUUGCUUCAUAUUGUGAUCUGAAAUUUUAUAUACAGUAUAUUCCCUCAAAAUAUACAUUAAAUAUUUUAUGAUUCAGAAAAAGUUGCUAAUUAUUGUUGCUUUGUAUUGUAACAACCAUGUCGUCUAAAUCAUAUUUAACAAACAAGUACUUCUUUAUAGUAAAUGUUUUCUUCAGGUGGGCUUUUUAUAUUUAAAAUGGGAUAUUAUAUGUACUUGCAUUUCAGAUGUUGGUAACGAGGACAAAUAAUGAAUAUAUUGGGCCACAGUCUGCUUUAAGGACAGAAGAAUUUAAUCCAUUGUUGGUAGAUUUAACAGAAAUCUAAUGGUCUCAAAAUGUAAUCUAAGGUUUGCGCUAGUGGGGAGUUAUCACUCUUUAAAGAUACAUUUCAGAUCAAGGAUUUAAAAUAAACCCAAACCCUACUUCAAUUGGGGUCUUUUAACUCAUUCAGCAGGAAAGUAAUAAUACGUUUGACUUUUUUUGUCUGUUAAAGCCUUCUGUCUAAAGUAACAUUUCUCUUUCAUUCCAGGAGAUAGAAUUUCCACUGCAAGUUUACUAAUGCAAAAUGUACAGGCAUCAAUGUUAGAUAUCCUGACCACACUCUCACUGCCCCAAAGGCUUCUGUUGAGCAAAAAUGUGAGGAAAUAGGAUAAUUUUCCCUUUGGCUUUUUCCUGUACUUAACAUAGAAUGAAAUUGGUUCCAUGCAUCCGACGAAGUGGGUAUUCACCCACGAAAGCUCAUGCUCCAAAACAUGUGUUAGUCUAUAAGGUGCCACAGGACUCUUUGCUGCUUUUACAGAUCCAGACUAACACGGCUAUCCCUCUGAUAAUUGGUUCUAACGUCAUCCUUCAAACAGACCUGUGAACAUUGAGACUCAGACUUUCAAAGGAACCGUAGACAGAUGCCCAAAUUCCUGUGAUAUUGACUGAGUUUCUUUAGGUUCUUUUGAAAAUGGUAGCCUGACUAUUCUUCUGGUUAAAACCUUCAUUGAUUUGUAAUAUAUUUUCAUUGUAGACAGCGUGCCAACUAUAGUGAAGCAGUCUACGAUAGGUUGACAUGUACAAGAUGCACUCAGUCAAUUCUGCACUAUUUCCAAGUGAUAUUUAGGUCCUGUAAAGUCUUCAUGGUACCUUUUAUGAUAACCUUACCUGACUGAUAAUUAGUAGCAAUUAACAUUCAUUUGACAGUCAUAACAGAGAUUCAGAGACUAACAUACUCAGAGACUGAGUAAUAAUAUACCAUUUUAAUAUUAAAAUCUUCAAUGCCAUAAAACUUUUCAAUGGAGAAAGAGAAAUCUUCAGUAAUACUCUGACUUUUUAACUGUAGCUUGUUACCAUUGUUCCUAAAGCUUUUCCUGAAUGUUCAUAUUGUGCCUCAAAUUUAGAUGAAUGAAUAAGGUGAACAAUACUUCUUUAAAUCUGAAGUGAGAUUAAAUUUAAAACAAUCUGAAAUUAUGCAUUGUACCAAAGCACUUGAUUUUAAGUUCAAAAUUAGGCUUAAAACUGUUCGUUUGUGUGCAAAUGCCAGUGAUUUCAAAUAAGAACCACACAGAAUCCAGUUCUAUAAAUAAUUGGAGUGCCUAACUAUGUUCUUAAGUUUCAAUUUAACAUUUAUUUUCCUAAUUCAGAAUAGUGUGGGGUUUCACUAGCACUUCUCCCAUUAUCAUCAGUUCGGUGUAGUGGCUGGCUUAAGGGAGUGCAUGACUUACAAAACCAGGCCUAGGAAAUUCUGCAGUUUAAUUAGUUUUGGCACUAGCAGUUAGCAGGAGGGGAGCCUACCACUAAAAUGAUUAACGUGGUACAUUUCUAAUGUUUUUAUAAGAUUGGAUGUGGGAGGAAAUCACACCAAGAACAACCAUGUCUUGUAUUCGUACUGGACAGAACAAAGCCCACUUGAUGGGAAGAAAUGGAGACACACACAGUGUGACAAGGCCUCUUCAAGAAGGGCAGUGCAACAACUGAACAAGGCCCUCUAGAGCUUCAACCAUAUUUAAAGACCAAUGUGCAGUGGUAUUUCAUGUGCUUUUUAUAAUAAUGAAACAUGAUUUCAUUUUGGUGCAAGUGGCUUUUACAGCAAAUAACUUUGGAAUUAAGAAUUAGAAUUUUCAGACACCCACUUCUAAUGUCUCAGGCUGUCAUCACAGAGGCACUGCUAGACUGAUUUUGGUGUCUCUGGAUUUAGUAAAUGCAGAAACUGUUUGACUACUUAAUAGGAAUUUCUUAAUGUGCCACACUUAGUUUUAGCAACACGUACUCCUUAUUGGCAAUAAAACCGGAACUGAAUUGACUCACAUCUUAGACAAUAUAUUCUUUCUAUUUCUACUAGCAACACCAAAAUAACCCCUGCAAGGUUGGUGCAAAAGCCAGAGCUUUUAGAGUUACGUGCCUCUUGUAGAGAGACUGUUCAGGUGCAACUGACGGUUUCCAUACAACUGUUUGCUUGUAUUCCAGUAACAGUUGGAGUUUUCAGCCCUACUUUGCUAAUCAAUGUGUGGACACUUGGCAAAAGUCUCUGUCCUGAACUUUGCAACGUAAGUAAGCUCUAUCAUCAUUUAGAGGCACUAUUCCGAAGGCUUAAAUGUCUUUACUUGUUGUUGUUAAAGAGGUGUAUUCAAUUAGAUUUUUAGGCAAAAAGAUUCUUUUCCCCCAAGAAUCAGGCAAGCACAGACAAUACUGAAGGGGGAUUAUUCAUGGUACCAGGAAGACUGACAAGCAGCUUCAAAAAUAUGGUGCUAUAGUGGCCAGUUAUAUACAUUCUCUUAUCAAUUCAUUUGCAUGUAUCUGUACAUACAGAGACAGACAGUGUUACAAGUUGAGAGAGAACCCUGAACAAGGAUAAGAACAAUAUAUACAUAUAGAGGUUAUCCUAAUUGCAUCAAAUGUCUGACUGCCUUGCGGGGGAAGGAGGCAGGGUGGGGGUAGGGAUGAGUGCUUACAAAUAUCCGGUGGGCUGUGAAGAGCAAGUUUAUUCUGUUCCAAGAGCUGAGCUACUGGGCGGGCAUUGACCAUAUAAGCUUAUCAGUUGUUUACAGUUGUAGGUGGUGUUACUACUGAAGCAUUCCUGCUUGUUCUGCUGUUUCUGUUUUAGAUGUUAGCUAAAUUUUAACUCUUGCCUGACAAGAUGUUAAUGUAUCAAAGAUGUAACUUAUGGUGUUUUUCCAAAUUAUAACACGGCAAUCCAAUUCUUGCAAAAGUAAUGGAAUGGUACCACUAAUGCAUCUUUGAUAUUGAGGAUCACCUUUAGUAAAUCAGUUCAGAAAAGAUGCAGUUAGCUGUACAGCCUAAGAUGGUGGUGGAUGUCUGGCUGAACAGGCAUUGCUACUGAAAAAUCUCCCAUCAACGGCAAGAAGGGUUGCACGUGCACCUGCCGUGGAGCUAUAUUGCUUGAAGAAAUAAGAGUAAGCUGUUUUCAUAAGAAUCUUUAUAGAUUAAGGAUCCAUAAUUACAAUUCAGUACUCAAUAGUACCUGAAUACCUAGGAAAGCUGAAGUUUUCCUGUGAUUUGUAGGUCACCUCUUCCGUUGACAAAAAGAGGUUUCUCUUCUUUGCCCUCAGCGGGGCUCUCCAAAUAGGCUCGACAUUUUCCCAAUAUUCAAUAUUCCAAUUUCCUCUACCUGUGUCUUAUUCAGGCAUCUAUAAACCUUUCCCUUGAUCCCACAGAUUUCUGGGGCUGGUGUGAUACAUGCAUUCCUUCUGUGAAUCCAGCAUCCAGAUCUUCUGUUUCAGCUCUCUUCCACUUCACCCUCUUCUGCUGUUAAGCUGCAGAGAAGCCAUGAUUCUUCCCUUCUGCAGAAGCUGAUGAGAGUUACAAAGUGAAAGCAUUGCACACCUUUUAUGACAGGCACAGUGGACUGCUUUUGGUUGGAAAAUAAGGGAGGCACUCAGAGGAGGGGAGGGGAAGGGAGAGAAUCCUUGCUUCUGUCUUAGCUAAGUAAUGCUUUCCUUUCACUGCCAUCAUGUGCACUUAAUUCUUUGUGAGGAAAGUCCUGGCUUAAGGAACUGUGUGGAGUCAGGAAGCCACAAUCAUGAGGCCUGUAGGCAUGUCGAAAAACAAGGACAAUGGGUUUAGAGACUGUGGAACACGUUCUGAGAUAGGGAUAUUGCCACUCUUUGAGGUCAGACUGUCAUCUUGCAAAUUACCUAAGUUGAUGUAGCUCCAACUUGGUCCCAAGGAUGGGGUUAACCAUAGGAUUGACAACUCUGACUGAAGCUAUUCUGGGAGAUUUUUCCCCCAACAUGACAUAAUGUAAUUUGCUUAAAAUAUCCUAUUAAAAUCUCCCGGAUUGCAAUGGGCAAUCAAUGCUGAUUUCAGGAGACUCCCGGCCAACCCUCAAUGAAAAGUUCUGGCUUUCUGUGAAAUGCUGGGUCAGGGAGAAGGAGCUGAGGAAUGCUGAGUAUGUAGGAAGUAACCUGAAGAAUCAAGCUGAAAUGGUUGGAAAUGAAACCUCAUUUUCUCCUUGUCACGGCAAAAUGGCAAGUCCCAAGUAAUAACUUAAGCUUUAUCUGCAAUGAGGAUUCAGACCAGUUACACCCAUUGGUGCCCAGCCAUGGCUGUUGCUGCAGUGGUGCAAAUUCCUGGUGCAGACAGACAAAGACACUGUUUUCAUGAUGGAGUUUGUGCCUGCUUUGAACUGUGCAGUGGUGCAAUAUACAAUAGAGCGUUUACAUCAGGGCAGUUUCUUGAGUGGCUAUGAUCAGGUUUUUUCCCUGCAGCAGACAAGGCCUGCAUUAUAGCUCUUCUUUACUAACUACAUUAAUUUUAGUAAGAGCCAAAUCUAUUAUUCUUGCUGGAAAGAGAGAAGACUCUGAAAUUUAACACAGCUGAGUUCCCCCUUAAUGGACUGGUGGGAACAUCCUCCCUUGCUGUUCACAUGGGAGCAGCAAUUGCAGUUUGCUAGCAGUCAUUUCCUUUCUUCAGCCUCUCCUUCCUGGCAAACACCAGCAAAAAAAAAAAAAAAGUCACUUUUCAAAAAUCAAAACAGGUGCUGUACUCAUCCACUUCAUUUGCUAAGCAAUGGCAUUAGAAAAACAAAACAAAAAACCUGCCGCUCUGGUCACUACACUGACCACUUGCCAAGUUUUUGCAUAUAGUGCCAUACAACCUCUCCCAUUAUUCCAUGGAAAGUAUUUGCCUCACUGUGAAUGAAACCACUUUUCUGACUAGUAAGCUUUAAACUUGCUGCUGUCUGAGUGAACUGUGGCUUAGUAUUAGUUAGGUAAAUCUUGUCUGUAAUAUAAGUAAAUGUAUUUCUCCAUCCUGUGUGCCAGACAUGCUGGGCCUCUUGUUUUGAGGCAGCAUUGUGCUAGCUGUAGUUUUACAUGAAAAAGGUAUCUCUUUGCAUUGAUUCAGCUUUCCUCAUUAAAAGAGUUAGGGUACUGCAGAUCAGGAGUGAGGUACUAUGGCAGAGUUGUACAGCUCAUGUAUGCAUGAUGCAGACCUCUACCUACUGCUGUCAUUUUCACUGCUAUAGAUAAGACAUUUCAUCCAGUUUGCUUAUGGCAUUUUGUACCCUGGAGACUUGGGAUUAUUUUCAUUUUACAACCCAUGUACAGAAUUUGAAUACAGCAAAACCUAUACUAUGUCAAGCAAAAUAAAAGCAAACAUUUUCAGUGCUAUGUAAAGUCUAAGUCUGAAAUUUAGAAACAGAAUUUGUGUUAAAGGGUUUUAAAAAUAAAGUUGCCCUUGAGCCUCAAAUCUAGCAUCACUACUGCAGGGUUAUAAAUACUGAUUUGCUUCUUGGUGGAUGGGAUGGUACAGAGUUUUUUCUAAAGAAGCUUGGGUAUAUGUAAGUAAUUCACUUAUUUAGAAUUCCUCAGUUAUUGUAUUUCAUUGUGAAUACAUGCAGAUAAUAUAGAAUUUCUUUUUAGCUAAGUUCCCAGAAAUACAGGCUUUGCAACUGUUUCAUUUGUGUAUUUGAAUACACAAAAAUCAAGAAAUACAAAAUAGUCCCCACAGUACCAUUAACUUCUCCACUGAAGAUCAAGUUUCACACUGCAGUAUGAACAAUAAGAAUGCUGUCUGUAUGCAAUGCAGCCAAGCUGUUAGUACAAUGGAAACAAGUUUUACAUUUCUUGAUUUCAAAUAUGCAACCUGAGCGCUGCAUUUCUAUAGGUAGGAAUCUAGUAGUUAAAGCACAGUACAGACGUAUUUCUGAGUUCUGUUUUCUGUUGUGCCACAGACUCAUUUCCAUUUGAGAGAUGCACUUAACUCCCUGUCUACUUCACAGGAGUGUCAGAUGCUUAAUACUUGUAAAACUACAAGAAAGCCCAAAAAAUUCAAGUGGUGGAAUAUAUUUAGCUUGGAUUUUCCAAAGACUCCUUGAAGCAAUGACCAAAUUUGUAAAGUUUCAGCACAAAGGGACAAUCUGAAAAAACAGAGUAAAUAGGGUUGAAAUAGACCUUUUCAUUAGGGCUGUCAAGUGAU